UUCGGUUGUCCCAUACCAUAAUUCAUGUCUGUUUCUCCUUUCUUCUCAUCUUCUUCUCUCAUUCCCUUAAAUAUCAUUAUUCCUUCCAAAACCAACACCAAGAACAAGAUUGGAGUUAUGGGUCUCUUCCUUUCUAGGAAUUUGGCUUGCAAAUUCAUAUACCCUUUUCUCUUCUCCAAGAGGGUUUCUAAGGAUUUGUUUCCCAAGCAGUUGGGGAACAUGAUGUCUUUGGUCUCCCCUCGUACUGGCAGACAUUUGCAGCGCUAUGACAAGGGCUGUCGCCAAGUUGUGGGAUGCAUUCCUUAUAGAUACAAGAACAACGGAACACGGGAUAAGGAACUAGAGGUUCUUGUGAUUAGUGCUCAGAAAGGUCAUGGAAUGCAGUUCCCAAAGGGCGGUUGGGAAACUGAUGAAUCCAUGGAACAAGCCGCUUUAAGGGAGACCAUAGAAGAAGCUGGGGUUGUUGGCAGUGUUGAAAGUAAAUUGGGCAAAUGGUGUUACAAGAGCAAACGCCAACCCAUAAUGCAUGAGGGAUACAUGUUCCCUUUACUUGUCAAGAAGGAGUUGGAUAAUUGGCCUGAGAUGAACACAAGAAAAAGAAGAUGGAUGACUGUGGCUGAAGUAAAAGAAAUAUGCCCUUACGUUUGGAUGAAUGAAGCUUUGGAUGAACUGGUUAAAAGACAAACUCAAGUGCACUCAAAAAGGGAUGGGGAUAUGUGUAGGUUGUAAAUUGUAGACAGUCUCUUGCUUUUGGAAUCCACAAAGUGGUAGAGAACAGAAGCACUCACUAGCUGUUAGGACAAGGAAGUUAAGAUUAUAUGAUCAAGGUCAUGAAGAGGGAAAUUGAAGUUCAAGGUGUGUCACAAUUUGCCCCUUUGUGUUUGUUUCUCUUGAAAUUGGCUAUAGUCCGAAAGUUCAGCAGCAGAUUGCGGAUUUAUAGGGGGUGUAGUUGAGAUCUAGCUAUAGAAAUUAGAUGUAGAUGUACAAAUUCAGCUCUCAUUCUUUCAUUCAUUUAAUUCUUUGGUAAUGUAGUGUAUGUAGGCUAAGUGUAGAAUACAUUUUUCUUGCUCUUGUACUUCCAAAAAUAAAAAUAAAAAUAAUGCAUUAUUGUUCCAUUU